AUGUCAAACUUGAGUUUACAGGUCACCGUGGCCCUUCAGGCACCAAUCUCCGAAGCACAAGAUUCAUUUGCUCUACCAAUCAAAGUUUCUGUUCACAAUGCCGCAGAUACACCAGUCACCAUUCUAAGAUGGGGCAGUCCAUUGGACCCUCAGGCUGGUGUUCUCGGUGUCUUCCAGAUUUGUGACACAACGGCCCAACGGAAACUGCCCAUCCCUACUAUUAUGGUAUCACGCAAGCUACCUGCCUCCGAGGAUGAUCUCGUUGAGAUACAAGCGCGACACAGCCUUGAUGUAACUGUGAAUUUGCCGAUUCCAGGCCUCGAAAAGGGACAUGAAUAUUCUGUUCGUGCACAGGGAACUUGGCAUGCGGUGUGGCCAACUGAAUUAUCCAAUGUGACUACAUCCCAACUCAGAGAUAACGAAGGUGCCAAUCGAGGGGAUUUCCUUUCCAACGAGUCCUCUGUGAACAUUGAAUGA